CUCCCAUGAUGUUUAUCAGUUAGAAAUGAAAUUCCUAUAAUUUAAAAAAAUAUCCCUUAAAUAAAAGUUCAUUUCAAUCACCUUAGUGAUACAUAAUUUUUAUUUGAUUUAAUACGUAAUGCAUUUAGGGAUAUUUUCCUAUAAUUCUUGCUGAAUAUUUAAAUUAAAAAUGACGCCACGUACGAAUUUGCCGCUACAUCACUGCUCGUUAGUAGCACGGUUGCCAUUUAGUAUUUAGUGAGUGGCAGCACUUUCGCUAUGUUUGGAACGCUUGUGGUGAAUCUUUACGUAAAAUAGAAAUAAUAAGCCGUCAAAUAUAGAAAACAGUUUUGACUGCGAUUUUAAUGGAAAUGGAUGAAAAAACGGAAUUAUCGUCUACGGACCCCACGGCGGAGAUACUCGAGCCACCAGUAGUUUCUCUUGCCGAUGAGAUUGACAGCCAAGUUACCGAUACAAGCACAAGCGCGGGAACUGAUGACGCCAACCUAGAAACACAAACAGAAGUUCGGGCUACUGAAGUCGAUAACGAUACAAAUACGUUAAUUUCUGAAUUAAACGACGUUUCUUUGUCCACUGCAAAUACAGACACCGACACAUUUUUGGAAUCUCUUACUUCGGAGAAUCACACAGAGCCUGCUGAAAAUACAGUUUCUGAGGAACAAGCUGCUGAUGUCACAGAUACUACUGACAUAUCUGUGCCUACUUUGGCCUUACCAAUGGAUGUUACGGAGCAUGAUGCCAUAGAUUCACAUGAUAAACCUAUUGAUAGUGAAGAAAAAGAUCCUGUAUGUACCCUCGAGGAAGAAUUGCAAAGGAUGCACGAAGGAGACGAUCAAGGCAUAGAACUUGAUGAUAAUACUGAAAAUGAGAAAUUUGAGAAAGAGGAAAUUAAACCCAACGUUGAUGUUUCUAAAGAUAAAGUAGAAGCUCCUAUAAUGAGAGACUCAGAUUUAGAAGAAAUGUUGUCUGCUGAUGAAGUUUUACAGGACCCCUUAACAAUUAAAGGUAGUGAUGGACAACAACAAUGUCUUUUGGUAACCAAUGAAGUAGCUGAAACCGCGGACAGUUCAGCAACAGAAGAAGCACAAUCUCAACCACAAGAAAUUUCAAUGCCUGACAUCAGCACGGAUAUCACUGAACCUCUUUCUAUAAAAACUGACACUGCAGAGAACAGCGACCAAGUUGUAGCGCAGGUAGUAAGGGCAGAGCCACCAAGUCCAGGUGGUACUCAUAAAGUUGUGGUGAUGUUACCUGAUGGUAACCUUAUGGUUACUCAGGUGUCGCCUGAAGAAUAUGCAAGUCUGGAACUGGAAUAA